GAACAAAGGGAUAUACUGAGAGCAUCUCGUUGGUUACAAGCUUUAGGCUGCUCUAACGCCUCCUUGCACCUCUUUUCUUCUCUCUCUCUUUCGUUCUCUUCAAGGUUUCCUUUAUCUGAUUUUAUCGGUUUGGGGUUUAUUGUUGUAAUAAAAUUGAUAAGGGGGGGGCACAAAUCCAAACCGACUUGCCGUAGUAUUAAUAAAGAAGUCCUAUUCGCCGUUCGCCAUUCGCAGAGUAAACAAUUUCUAGAGAGGAUGGAAGAUAACAAAAUUUUGGGAGGAGACCUUCACAAAAAUAUGAAGGAGGAGUUGGAACGCAAACGCAGAAAGAUGGGAGAUUUGCAGCCAUUCGCGAGUAGGAUGGGAGACUUUAACAAAAAUUGGGUGAGGUUCGAAAAUAACAGAAAGUUGGAGAUGUUGGAAGGCAAACGCAGAAAGAUGGGAGAUAUGCAGCGCCUAGCGUGCCAACGACUCAUGUGUGAUCAGUACUCUCGUCUUGGCCAUUGCAAAAGAGGUGACCGAUGUCCAUUCCUUCAUGGCAAGCGAAUGAAGCCCUUGUAUCGGAAUAUUUCAGACAAUCCAGAACUAGUUGCGUUCAUGAUGAAAAACGGUAACAUGCCUGCAUGUCCACCAGAGGAUCCCACCGUGAAGAUGCUUUACGUCAAGCGACUGAGCAGGACGACACUCGUUGAGGAGGACCUGCGAGAUUGUCUCAGCGUUUAUGGAGAUAUCGAAUCUAUCAGAAUGGUGCAAGAGUAUAAUGGCGCUGCGUUUAUCACAUAUGGAACCCGAGAGGCAGUAGAGAAAUGCAUGGAAGAUCUCAAAACUUGGGUUGAGAUCAAGGGUCACAAGCUGAAAAUUUUGUGGGUUUACAAGUACCAGCCUCAUCGAUACACUACCAUUUCCUCCAACCAACAGGGUGCUGUCACUUCAACUCAAGAGGGAGCUUCGUCUUCAUCUUCUGCUCUCGAGGUGAAGAGGAGGAAAAUCGAGUGAGAGACAUUUUGAUCUCAAACCCUACCUUUUGUGCUACUGUUUUUAUUGUUCGAAAAACAUGUUUGAAUCUUCAUAUUUUGAUCUCAAACCCUACCUUUUGUGCUACUGUUUUUAUUGUUCGAAAAACAUGUUUGAAUCUUCAUAUUUUGAUCUCAAACCCUACCUUUUGUGCUACUGCUUUUAUUGUUCGAAGAACAUGUAUGAAUCACGUUAUAAUACAUUUCUUGUC